AUGCAGUCAAUUUUCUUGCUGCUGGGCCUCUUUGCCGACACUAUCUCCGCCAGCCCCUUGGGGCAACAGCCGUUGGGCCAUAGUCCAACGGAGCUGCCUGCUGGACAGCUGGCGGAUGGUUUGCGCAAACCUGUACGCGGACGAUUUUUACAUAUAACUGAUUUUCAUCCCGACCGACUCUACAAGGCCGGAACCUCGAUCGAUCGCUCGUGCCACCGUGGUAAUGGCCCCGCGGGGUAUUUUGGAGCCGAGGGCACAGAUUGCGAUGCACCUUUAUCCCUUGUCAACGAGACAUUUCGCUGGAUCGAAGAAAAUUUGAAGGAUGAGAUCGAUUUUGUGAUUUGGACCGGUGAUUCUGCUCGACACGACAAUGAUGAAAAGCUCCCUCGCACGGCGGAUGAGAUUAUGGAGUUGAAUACGUUACUGUCUCAAAAAUGGAUCAAAAUUUUCGGUGAGGAGGGAGUCAGUGAGACCUCGAAUGCCGUGCCCAGAAUGUCGAUCCCUGUCAUCCCGACAUUCGGCAACAACGAUAUCAUGCCCCACAACAUCUUCAACGAGGGCCCAAACAAGUGGACAAAGCGCUUUGCAGAGAUAUGGGACCCGUUUAUCCCAGAAGAUCAGCGUCACACCUUCGUUGAGGGCGGUUGGUUCACCGCGGAGGUGGUUCCCGGUCGGCUAGCGGUCAUCAGCCUGAACACCAUGUACUUCUUCGAUUCCAACAGUGCGGUGGAUGGAUGCAACGCCAAGUCGGAACCUGGAUACGAGCACAUGGAGUGGUUGCGGGUGCAGUUGAAAAUCCUGCGCAGUCGCAACAUGAAAGCCAUCCUCAUGGGCCACGUACCCCCCGCCCGGUCGAGCGAGAAAAAGAACUGGGAUGAGACAUGCUGGCAAAAAUAUACGCUCUGGAUGCACCAGUACCGUGAUGUUGUUGUCGGCAGCCUUUACGGUCAUAUGAACAUCGACCAUUUCAUGCUCCAAGACAGCAACAAGGUCAACAUUGAUUCGAAGGCCCAUGGAAAGGUGUCAAUCAACUCGAAAGCCGAUUACCUUGAGUCGCUUCGAAACCAAUGGUCCUCAUUGCCAUCUCCUCCGUCGGGCAUUUUCGAGGAGCUCGACUCCAUAUCGGAUUUGGAGGAUGUCUCGGAAGUUGAACCGGCGAAGAAGGACAAGAGAGGUAAAAAGAAGGACAAGAAGAAGCGAAAGUUCUUGGAGAAGAUUGGGGGCCCGUGGGCAGAGCGAUACAGCGUAUCGCUAGUAUCCCCCAGUCUGGUUCCGAACUUCUUCCCUAGUCUGCGCGUGAUCGACUACAAUAUCACGGGACUGCAUGAUGUCGCACGUGGAGUGGAUUUGUCCACAUAUGCGGCUGACGAUACGACCUCUGGACUUGAUCUUGCUGAACUUGAUACGCCGGAAACCAGCGACGAUUCCCUUAUUCCACCCGAAAUUCAAAAGAAAAAGAAGGGCAAGGGAAAGAAAAAGAAACCCAAGUUCAAAGUCCCUGAGCCUCCCUCGUCAACCGCUCCUCCGGGCCCUGCAUACUCGAACCAGGCGUUCACAUGGCUUGGCUACACCCAAUACUUCUCGAAUCUAACAAAACUCCAUGAACAGCUCGUGGCAAGCGAACAAGGCGACAGUCCUCGUAUCGACUACGAGAUUGAGUACACCACAAAUGAUGACGUGUAUCAAAUGAAAGACCUGACGGUGCGCAGCUUCUUCCAACUCGCAGCGAGGAUUGGCGAGGAAGGAGCCGAAGAGAAACAGACUGAGGUCAAUAGCCAAGGUGCUGAUUGGUCUUCGAGCAAGAAAAAGAAGCUAGUGAACAAUGUCUGGCGGGCUUUCGUGAGGCGCGCAUUUGUGGGAUUCCCAGUCGAUGACCUGGAUGACCUGGAUGGAUAG